CGCAAAAAACAGUGAAAGGAAAUCAGCCAAAAACAAACCGGUUGAUUUGAAACACAUUUCCAUUUUAUUGUAGAAAUGUCUAAUAUUCUGCUAAGUGAAGCUGAAAAAACCUACAUACUACACGGUAUUCUGAAAGAUUACCGAAAUGAUGGAAGAUCGAAUCGGGAUUACCGACCAAUGGAGCUGGAAACGGAUAUUGUGGUGCAUGCGAUGGGUUCGGCAAGGCUUCGACUAGCUAAUACGGAUAUAUUGGUCGCAGUGAAGGCAGACAUCGAUGUACCCGAUCCGGAACGCCCAAAAGAGGGGAAAAUCGAAUUCUUCGUUGAUUGUUCGGCAAAUGCUACGCCUGAUUUCGAAGGCCGUGGAGGAGAAGAACUGGCCAAUGAAAUCGCAAACACAUUGUCCAAUGCAUAUCUUUCCCGGCAGGCAUUUGAUUUGACACCAUUAUGUAUAUUAACGAAGCAUCAGUGCUGGAAAUUAUACGUAGAUAUACUUAUUUUGGAGUGUGGCGGGAACUUAUUCGAUGCGGUGUCACUAGCUGUGAAGGCAGCCCUGUACAACACAAAGUUACCGCGUGUUUCCUCUGCAGAAUUAGAUGGUGGUGCGAUGGACAUUAUACUCACCGAUGAUCCAUACGAUUGUGAGCGAAUUAACAUACAAACUGCUCCUUUGCUUGUGACAGUGUGCAAGAUAGGGGAUCACUGUGUCGUAGAUCCUUCGGCCGAAGAGGAAGAAUGCAGCUCCAUAAAUGUUGUUAUAGGAGUUUCAUACGAGGAAUGCAACAAGCGGUCCAUUACAUCUAUCAGGACGUCUGGUAAAGGUUCUUUACACAUGGACACGAUGGCAAAAUGUUUGGACUUGGGCAUUAGCGCGGGCGCAUACUUAGAUAAAGCAUUGUUGCAUGCUUUGAAGUCGGAUGAGGAGAAAAACACCAAACCAUUAGGAGAAAAGGAAAUAUUUGGGUUCCUGAAGUAAAUAAAAAUUUGGUAAUUUC